AUGUCAAGCGCCAACUACGACUAUGACGAGAAUUCGCAAACUUGGCCAUAUUUUGCACUGACGGGAAUACUGGUGCCACUUAUCCCAGCAACAAUCUCGUUAUUGAAAGAUCAGAUUGCCAAAAAGGAGGAAAGCAACGACAAAUUUAAGAGCGUCGAGUGGUUUGAGUCUUACAACAAAGAAGAUGUGCAGAAGCUAAGGAAGAGGAAGGUGAGAUCAGGGGCAUUUUUCAGCAAGAAGUUCGUGUUUGUUGCAGCAGGCUGGGUGUUGGUGGGCCUACUGGCAUACCUAAUAAGGAACAUAGACGUUGCCGUUUCGGGAACAAACUUCGACCCCUGGAAGAUCUUGCAGAUCAGCGAGCGGGCUACAACAAGAGAGAUCCGCUCGGCCUACCGGAAGCUCUCUGUGAAGUACCAUCCGGAUAAAGUCGACACGUCGGAAAUGAGCCAAAAGGAGAUAGAUGCGGUCGAUGCUGCUUACGUGAUGAUCAACAAGGCCUACAAGGCAUUGACGGACGAUGCUGUGAAGGAGAAUUUCCUCAAAUACGGAAAUCCCGAUGGACCCGGCGAAGUUACGCAUGGAAUUGCUCUCCCCAAAUUCCUCAUUGAGGGUCGCAGCUCGCCAUUUCUCGUUGCAAUCUACAUUUUGCUCAUUGCAGUCAUUCUCCCACUUGGGGUGGGCAAAUGGUGGUCGGGUGUCAAGGCCCACACGAGGCAGGGGAUCUAUUCGGAUACUGCAUCCGGCUUUCUUGAGCAUAUGCUAAAUUUCGACCCGGCAAACCUCGUCCAGGUGAAAGAUAUCUUGAAACUAGUGUCCGAGGCGCGCGAAUACCGCGAUAUCGACCACGCCCUUACACCAGAGCGUGUGUACGAUCUCCUGUUGUUGCAGUUGGCCCGCCGGAAGCCCGAGAACCCGGCGGACGAGUUGCUAAAACUCAAAGUUGUAGCCGAGACUCCGCGUUUGUUACUCAGUUUUUUGCAAAUUGCGUCUGCAUUUCGGAAUACAGAUGUCUGCUAUGCGAUCGUUGAUGCACACAGAUGCCUGAUCCAGGCACUGGACAUCGAGGAUGACCGGAAAAUGCACAAGUACCGGCAGAUUUUGCAGCUUCCGGGUGUUGAUUUGGCCAAUUUGGACACAGAAGGUGCACCAGGCAUGUUUACGCUUGGCAAGUUGUUGAAGAAGCCAACUGAGGACCCGGCCAAGUUUUUGGGUGUGGGAGAUAACUCCGCAAAAGUGCUCGACUAUGCAUCGAAGAUUCCGCUUAUCGAACCUCUAGAUUGCAAGUUCAAAGUCCCCGGAGUGGACUACAUUCCACCCAGCUCGCAUGUUCACAUCGAUUUGCGGUUUGUGGUGAAGUCUGCAGCCCACAAGUCGAAGCCGGAAAUCAGUAAGUUGUCGAAAGAGCAAGUUAGAACGAGACUCGAGGAACCAAACACUCUGGAAGCACUAAGAAACCCGUACCAGAUCGUGUUCGACCAACCGGCAAUAGCAAUGGAUUACGUGCCACCAUAUUUCCCAGACACCAAGUACUUCAGCGAGAAUUGUGGCUGGGUUGCAUUCUUGAUCAUCCAGAAAGACGGAAGAAUAGGUGACUCACCGGGAAUGGUGAGAAGAGUCGAUCUUUCGAAUCUAGAGCUUACUCAGGAGCAGUUCAUGAGUUCCGAUGCAAAGGUGUCUGUCUUCAAGCUGCCGAUGACGGCUCCUACGCCUGCCAAAGAGGGCAACUUCCAGUUUAGGCUUGUGCUCAAGAACUUGGCCUUUUUCGGAAGUGACAUCGAGAUUCCUCUCGUGAUGAAAGUCGAGACUAAGCCCGAGGAGGCUGCCACAGACGAUGCUUACGGAAUAGAGCCGCCUUCGGAAGAUAGUUUGGCGGGGGCAAUGGCACAGCUUAGAGGUGAUGAAGUGAAGCAGAUUGAGAGUGAGAGUGAGAGUGAGAGUGAGAGUGAGAGUGAGAGUGAGAGUGAGAGUGAGAGUGAGAGUGAGUGGACGGAUAUGGAUACAGAUACUGAGGAGGAGGAUGGGAAGAAAUAG